AAUCAAUCUUGAAGUGUUUAAAUUGGCGCCAUGUCGUCCCGCGGUGUCGGACGCGGCAAGUCCGCCACGAACAAGGCAGUGGAAGCGGCGGGAAGGGAGAAAAAGGGUUGUCACACCAUCAAUAGGAAGAGGAAGGUCGUCCAAGGUGGGCCUUCUGUUGCAGGUUAUAAUGAAGAUGACGAGUGGUUGGGGGAGGGGGUGGCGACGCAGGAGGAGAGCGUCAUCCAGGAAGAGGAGGAAGUGUCGUUGAAGAGCAGGUCUUUCAGGCGGACGAGUGAAAGCAUCGGAAUCGAACAGGGGGACUAUGAGGGUGGCGAAAGACGAGGCGGAGGAGGCCGCGUAAUCGUGGAAGACCCCAUCGACGUCGACGCCGCGGUAACGUUGGCGGCACUUCGCAAGCCAUCGGUCAAGGGAAUAGGAACCGCUCUCCUGCGCAGUGCGCAGGAGGCGCUGCGGCCCUGCACAGGGCCGCAGCGGGGGGGGGCUUCACACGUGGGGGAAGGCGCGGGGGCAGGGGCCGCAUCGAGGGGGGCUUCACACGCAGGGGAAGGCACGAGGGAAGGGGCCGCCGUGGGGGUGGCUUCACAUGUGGGGGAAAGUGCGAGGGCAAGCGAUGUCGCCGGAGUAGGGGAGGACGACAAAGCGCUGGUGAACAGGGUGCGACAGCGAAAUAUGCGGGAUGGAAUGGAGGCGGCGUCGAAGCUGUGGGUGGACGACCUCCGCUUCUGGAACGAAACCGAAGGGAACGCCAUAGUGAAGUUGACACAGGAAGCGCGCCUGCAUCUUGUGGCGGUGGCGCAGGGAGUGCAGCCUCUGCCUGUUCGUCGAAGCAUCGUCUUGCCUCAUACCACCAUCCCGCAGCACAAAAUCGAGGACGAAACGAAGUUGAGCGCUGCCAAGGAAAGCCUUAGGGUGCUGAAGGUGCAGACCAUCACUUUGCGGGUAAUCCAUGCGUGGGUCUUCAAGUCGGCGAGCAGGCAACGGGGGUACCAAGCUACGUACAGGUACGCGUUGAACAACGUUGCCACUGAAAUCGCUCGAGCCUUCUGGAUGGGGGAGGACUGGCGUAUAUGUGUGAGGUCCAUGGUCUUCCACACUACUCAGGACAUGGACAUGAAGUUGCCACUGUGGUUCGUCGGCGCCGAAAUUGAGGACAGGCACGAGGACGACGAGUUGGCGUCAUAUCAGGAGGCGAGCAUCCAACGACUAGUGGGGGCUUUCACGAGCGCCGUGAGCAUGGCGAAGGGGGUCGACGACAGGCAGGUGUCCUACGAAAGGUUGAAGAGCAUUGCCAACACAAUGAGGGUCAUGCUCGCGACGACCAUGUGGCUCAUGCGGAUGAGCGGGGACGAUCUUCGUGCGCAUUACGGCGCGUGGCUUUUCGUCCAAAUGACAGCGAAGCCAAUGCUCGUCGCAUCCAUGCAUCGCUCAUUCAACGCGCGUCGCCAUAUCCUGCAAGUUGCGACCGUCAUCAUGGAAAAGUUGGUGGGACCCCCCAUGACUUUGGUGGACCGUCCGUUGUACAUCCCCGACUUUGCGUCUUGUGACGUUAAGUUCUCACAUCACGCCAGCUUGCCUUCCCCCAUGGACGCCAUGAAGCUCGAUUGGCUGGGUAUAGGCCCCCCGGAUGAGGAAGAAGAAGAAAAAGCGGAUGACGAAGCCGGCGGGGGGGGUUGAUGAAGCGUUCAUGGCGCCCGUCU